UUCAUAAUCAUGAAGAAACAAAAGAUCUGAUGGAUGAAAAUUGCAUUUUGAAGACAGAUAUUGCUAUACUCAGGCAGGAAAUAUGCACAAUGAAAAAUGACAACUUGGAAAAAGAAAAUGAAUAUCUUAAGGACAUUAAAAUUGUUAAAGAAAGAAAUGCUGCGCUGGAAAAGAGUAUAAAACUCAAUGAGGAAAUAACAAAAACAGCAUUCCAGGAUCAACAAGAGCUUAAUGAUCUCAAAGCUGAGAAUAAAAGGCUCAAUUCCAAACUGCUGAAGGAAAAAGAAGGCAAGGCAAGACUGGAAGCUGAAAUGGAAUCUUAUAAGUCUAGACUGGCUGCUGUUAUAAGUAAGCACAGUGAAAGUGUGAAAACAGAAAGAAACCUAAAACUUGCUUUACAGAACACACAAGACAUUUCUGUGCUUUCCGAAGUUGAACAUAAGAAUGCGUUUCUUACUGAACAACUUUCCAAAACGCAAAUUAAAUUUAAUACCUUAAAAGAUAAGUUCCGUAAGACAGGAGAUACUCUCAGAAAAAAGUCCUUGGCUUUAGAAACUCUACAAAACGACCUAAGCCAAACCCAACAGCAAAUAAAGGAAAUGAAAGAGAUGUAUCAAAAUGCAGAAGCUAAAGUGAGUAAUUCCACUGGAGAGUGGAACUGUGUGGAAGAAAGGAUAUGUCAACUCCAACGUGAAAAUCUGGGGCUUGAACAGCAACUAGAUGAGGUUCAUCAGAAAGAGGAUCAUAAACAGAUAGUAAUUAAUAUCCGAAGAGGUUCUACUGAGAUUGGAAAGAAAGACCUCCUGCUAGAAGAGAAAAAUAAGAAGCUAAUGAAUGACUAUGAUCGUUUAAAAGAAAGUCUCUUUCAAUAUGAGAGAGAGAAAGCAGAAAGAGUAGUGGUUGUGAGACAACUUCAACAAGAAGUAGCUGAUUCCCUUAAAAAAUUAACUAUGUUAGAGUCUCCACUGACAUCACGUUGUCACAUUAAUUUGGAUGAGACACAGGCCUCAAAGAAGAAAUUAUUUCAAGUGGAAAGUCAAGUAUGUAUGAAAUUUAACAUGUCAACACAGUUAUUCUGUAGCUGGUUGAAUUCUAUAACAUGUUUUAGGAUACUAAUUUUGUCAGAAGCUUUUGUAUUUUAAUUAUAAUUAAUUAUUUCCAUUUUACUAUCUUUAUAAUGUAUUUUUUUUUAUAUUGUGAUUUUCAUUCUACCAUUUUGAAAAACCAUUGUAUACCUCUUCUCUUGCAACAUGUACCCUUGGAAAUGUUGAGAAUUAUACAUCAUACCUCACAGAAAACUGACUUUUCUCCUGUUAAACAGUAUUUUAAAGUAUUUUUUGUGUUGCUCUGUUGAGGCACGGCAGAUUAAAUCUGAGGAGAAUAUUUAA